AUGCAGGAGGUCGCUAAUUGCCUUACGGCACCCCAAGCCGCCCUCCCCGAGCCACUGCAAAUCCACCGCCUCCUCUACAACCUCACCCCGGACUACGAGUCCCGCCUCCAUGCCUUCACUGAGGCAAACCCCAUGGCCAGCCUCGACGACGUGGUCCAAUGGAUCAUCGACACGGAGGUCAAGCUCCGCACCCCCAUUAUCAACCUCACCACCCCUCAGCCCUCCUCCUCCAGCUCCCUCAAUGCUACGCAACCGCGCAACCAGGGUGGUCGAAGCGGCGGCGGUGGAGGUCGUGGCGCUGGUGGCGGUGGUGGUGAAGGUCGGGGCGGUGGUGGUGGCGGUGGUGGUGGUGGUGGCCGUGGUGGCCGUGGUGGCGGUGGUGGUGGUGCUGGUGGCACCCCUACUGAAGGAUCUUCCGGUGCUGGUGGUGCUGUGACUCGAGGCGGUCGCCCUAGAACUCUACCCCCAUGCACGUAUGUGCGCCGCCAUGGUCCCCAUGCUGGUAUCCCUUGCGGUCAAACCAACCACCCCCCCACCACGUGCUUCAAGGCGCUCGAUGACGCCUGGUUUGAUCGAGGCAACACUGGCACCCCUCCUCGCUGGAACACUGUCACCCCUCGCCCCUCCCUGGUGGAUGUUCAAACCCUCCCAUCUUUCCUUCCUGCUCACCUCUGCCUGGUUACACUCUCCCCACCUUCACAGCUGCAGCAGUUUCAGCAUCACCAGCAGCAGUAG